AUGCAGGACGGCGGAGGAGGGGAAUGCGCCGGAGAUGCGAACGCCGGGCCGGCGAAGCGGAUGCGGCGGCCCAGCGUGAGGCUGCACCAGCCGUAUUACGAGAAUCCGGGGCACCGGAAGCUACAGCGUCAGUGGAAAGCGAUGAAGAAGGAUGCGGCGGAGGGGGGGAAGAAGGGGCGGGCGGCGGUUAGGACGGCGCAAUCGAAGAGGAAGAAGAACGAGGGGGCGAGUGAGAGCAGCAAGGGCGAAAUGGCGGAGGGUUUGAAUUCCGACGACGACGUGGCGAUUGGUAAUUGGAAGAGUUUCAAUGCGGCGAAUCGGGAUAGGGAUUUCAAAAGGAAGAGGGUGAGGCCGUCGUCGAAGCCUCGAGGGAACGACGAGGAUGCGGAAAUCGGGAGGAUUCCGGCGUCCAGCGACGGCGGUAGCGCGGCGGAUGGUGUACGGAAAGAAGGGGGGGACGAAAUUUUGGGGGCUAAUGGGAUCGAUAGCAAUUUAAUAGUCGAAAAUUCUGAACCAUCUAGCCCUCGUUGCUCCUUCGGCAAUGGCGGCACCGGAGAUCGGAAAAAUGAUGGUAAUGAUGUAGGGAUGAAUUGGAGAUCAAUGAAGCAGUGCAAAUUGAUGAUGAAUUGUAGGAAUUCGAAUGAGAUGAGGAUUAGGAAUGGGGUGAGUGAUGAGGAUAGGGAUGGGGUUAGGGUUUGGUUGAAUCAAUUGGGGUUAGGGAAGUAUUUCCCUUUGUUUAAAGUUCAUGAGGUGGACGCCGAGGUUCUGCCAUUCUUGACGCUCGAAGAUCUUAAGGAUAUGGGGGUUAGUGCAGUAGGGUCCCGGAGGAAAAUGUAUGCUUCGAUUGAGAAGCUUGGGAAGGGAUUUGAGUGA